GGGACUGUGGCUCAUAACGAAUCAGACCAAAUGGAAUUCUGCACUGCCUUCUUAAAAGAUUCCGUACAUUUUAAUUCGCACAUACACAUAUUCCUCUGACGUUUUGCCCAGCAUACAACACACCGCUGGCGUGACCAGAAAAAGCUGCUCGGUUACAUUGAGAAUCGAGACAGCAGCAAAGACAUCCGAGAGAAAAAAUACUAAAUAGACUCUUGCACCGCUGCCAGGAGAGGCCCAGCCACCAUGCCGCUGUUCGGUAAAUCCCACAAGAAUCCCGCCGACAUCGUCCGGACUCUGAAGGAGAACAUGGCCAUCCUGGUCAAACAAGACAAGAAAACAGAAAAGGCAUCAGAGGAGGUGUCUAAGUGUCUUGUGGCCAUGAAGGAGAUACUAUAUGGGACCGGUGACAAGGAGCCUCACACAGAGACUGUGGCCCAGUUGGCCCAGGAGCUCUACAACAGCGGCCUGCUCAUCUCCCUGGUGGAAAACCUGCAGGUCAUUGACUUUGAGGGGAAGAAGGACGUGUGUCAGAUCUUCAACAACAUCCUGCGGAGGCAGAUCGGCACCCGCAGCCCCACUGUCGAGUACUUCUGCUCUCACCAAGAGGUGCUGUUUGUGCUGCAAAAAGGGUAUGAAACCCCUGGGUCUGCGCUGAACUGUGGCAUCAUGUUGAGGGAGUGUAUCAGACACGAGCCACUGGCCAAGCUGGUUCUCCACUCAGAACACUUCCAGGACUUCUUCAAUUACGUAGAGAUGGAGACCUUCGACAUCGCCUCAGACGCUUUCGCCACCUUCAAGGACCUGCUCACAAGACACAAGGUCCUGGUAGCUGAAUAUCUAGAACAGAAUUAUGAUGCCAUCUUUGACCAGUAUGAGAAGUUAUUACACUCUGAUAACUAUGUGACAAAGAGACAGUCAUUAAAGUUGUUGGGAGAGCUUCUGUUGGACAGGCAUAACUUCACAGUGAUGACCCGGUACAUCAGCAAGCCUGAGAACCUGAAGCUGAUGAUGAACCUACUGAGGGACAAGAGCCCUAACAUACAAUUUGAGGCCUUCCACGUCUUCAAGGUGUUUGUGGCGAACCCCAACAAGACGCAGCCCAUCAUAGACAUCCUGCUGAAGAACCAGCCCAAACUCAUCGACUUCCUUAGCAACUUCCAGAAGGACCGCAUGGACGACGAGCAAUUCAACGACGAGAAGACCUACCUAAUCAAACAGAUCCGAGACCUAAAGAAACCCGCCUCUUAAAACCUUACCCCCAUUCGUCCCCAAAACCCUUCCCCUUAGCUAUGACCUUUACCCUAACCUUUACUUUUUGUCGACAAAAAUACAUUGACAAUAAUGAUUCAAUUUCUUAAUAUCGAAGACAUUGUGUCUUUUUCUUGGUUCCUUAAACUUUGCAGAGAAUAGUUCGUAGUCACAGAUUUUUUUUCAUUGUUUUUACUUUUAAAUUAACCCUUUUCUUAUUAGUGUGUAGUGUUCCAAAACGGGAAGGGGAUUUCCUCUCUUGGGGGGAACCAAUGGUUAGAGACCUCUAGGUGAUUGGCUGAGUGAGCUGUGGAGACCACUGGUCAUCACUUUAAUUGUGCAAAUAUUUUUCUGCAAAUGUUCUCUUUUCAUUGCCACUUGCAGCACGAGCCAGCUAGAUAGUUCUGACUUCUUUCUAAUACUCUCCUAAUCUCACCACAGUACAACUGAAGUAUCCAGAAUCAUAGAAGGAAUUGCUAUUUCUCUAUUAGAGGAUCGAAAUGGUAUUCUCAAACGUUCCGUAGAACUCCUCUUCAGACUCACAUUCCCUGCUAGUCUUACUCCUGAGGUUGUACUUCCACUAUUUACACUUAUGUUUCAACACUGUAGUAGGUCCUCUGACAUGACAACUCUACAUUUGAUCUUACAAGGAACAUAUUAGAUGUCUGGUGAUCAGCAGGACCAUUCUUUUACUGCUAACCUUCGUAUAGAAUAUGACUUAUCAAUAGUUUUGAUAAUUGAUUCUCCACAGAUGGCUGGUAGCACUUAUAAUAUAUAUAAUAUAUG